AUGUCUGGCAAGCCGAGAAGGCGGACGACGGCAACACGGCGAGAUGGUGCGAUAGCCUCAGAGAACGACGAGCCCGCUUCUUUGCCAAUCUCGUCAGGGCGGCCAAAUGCUCCAGGCUUGCCCGUAUCGGAGCGUUUCAUCCUCAUUGCCCGCGUCAUCGUCUUCUCCAUAAUCACGACCGGCUUCUUGUUGCAUCAUUAUAAGCCUUGGCGAGGCCUCUUCAACACUUCUGUGAGACGACAUAGCUUUCAAGACGACAAGACACUCGAAGCCCUUCUGCAACCGCUAGACAAUGACGAGUACGCCAUUUGUUCCGCGGGGACGUGGCCUUUGCCAGACACUGCUGCGUCCACCUCGUCGUCGUCGUCGUCGUCGUCGUCGAAUUUAUUCCCCUUUGCCUUUCGGCGGAAGACUGCCAAGUCGUCGUCCAUCUAUACGCUUCAAGGCGGAUCGCCAGACUCGCCCUCCGCAGUUGAAUGCAUCCUCGUCCGCUCCCAUGGCGUCCUCGCCGUCGGCUCUGCCUCGACCAUCGUCUCGCCCUGGUGCGCUUCGGGCUCAGCAUGCGACGUGCGCGUGCUUCCAGCAGGCUACACUCUGCUUCCCUCCUUCACAGACGCCCACGGCCACUUGCUCGACCUAGGACACUCACUCUCCUCUGCCGACCUCUCGGGCGCCACUUCCCUCGCCGAAGUCGUUCAAAGGCUCGAAGGCUACAUUCUCGCUCGACCGUGGUUGGCCGAGGAUACUGCUACUUGGAUAUGGGCUCACGGCUGGGACCAGACAAGAUGGAAUGAUACCGAGGGGGACGCAUUCCCUUCCAAGGAGGACUUGACCGCCAAGUCUGAGAUUCUGCGAGGCAGGCGCAUCGUUGCCAAGCGAAUAGACUUUCAUGCCCUCUGGCUCAGCGAAGCUGGCAUAGAGGACAUUGCUGCCAGCUCACCGACAGGGCAGAUACCUUCUGACGUCUCCGGCGGUCUCAUCGUUCGCUCUCCGACUGGCGAGCCUACGGGCAUCCUCAUUGACAAUGCAAUGCAGCUCGCUCUGGACGUCAUUCCUCCGCGCACCGAUAAGGAUAGGCAGCGCUACCUGUCUGCCGCCCAGGAUCUGCUACUCAGCUACGGUGUGACUGCGGUAGGGGAUGCGGCUGCUUCACUGGAGGAUCUGGCCUUCUACCGACGGGUGAGCGAUGAGAGCAAACUCGGUGUACGAAUCUACGCUUUUGUCUCCUGCCCGCCACGACAGCCCUUCUGCGACGAGGAGGCGCGGCAGGUCUUGGGCGCAGAGACGGUGCCCUACCAUGAUGGACACGGCGGUAAUUUGGUGGUACGUACCGUCAAGCUUUUUGCGGAUGGAGCGCUUGGCAGCUGGGGCAGUGCGCUGUGGGAGCCAUACGCUGAUCGACCUGACGAUCGGGGGCUGCUGUUGCUCAAUGAGACGGACCUGCGCCACUCGGUCCAGCACUGGCAUGAGAAAGGCUGGCAAGUGGCAGUGCAUGCGAUUGGAGAUCGCGCAAACAGCCUCGUCCUUGACGCCUUCGAAUCAGCAGGCGGCAACGAUUUGCCCUCACGGCGGCAUCGCAUCGAGCAUGCGCAACUGGUACGGCGACAGGACCAAUCUCGCUUCGCACGACUCGGCGUUGUGGCUUCGAUGCAGCCCACGCACUGCACGUCGGACAUGGGCUACGUUGCUGCUCGAUUGGGAGAGGAAAGGACUAGAGAGCGGGCCUACCCAUGGAGGUCCAUCCUACACGGCGACACGGGCAGCGAAGAAGAAAGAGCGCAUCUCGUAUUAGGAAGCGACUUCCCAGUCGAAGGAGUGGACCCAAUCUCCGGUAUCUGGUCAGCCACUCAGCGCCUGGACUACGCCACCUUGGCUUCACCACACGGCGCUGAAAAGCCGUGGCAUGGUCAAGAACGCAUAACUCCUCUCGAGGCUUUGCGCGGCUUCACGACUGAAGCGGCUUAUGCGCAAUUCGAAGAGGGAAAGGCCGGCGUCCUUCAGACAGGAGCAAGGGCCGAUUUCGUCGUGAUGAGGGGAGAUAUCUUAGAAGAUCUCACGCUGGAAAAAGUCAAGGUCAGGAGGCAGGCUGGCCAGAGGGAAGACCGUCCCGUUGUCGUGGGCACGGCAGUGAGUGACGGUUCCAUCCCUCAAUACCGCAACGGCAAGGUCACGGCCUUCUCAAACCACGCCCUCGUACCUACUCAGAUAACUUCCGACCCUCUCUACUACGUCAAGCCAGGGGACGGGGCUUGCGGGCUGUACACGAAUCAGGAUGCUGGAGUCUGCAUGAACCGUGGUUGGGUCAAGAGUGGCUACGUCAACUCAUGUGAUGGAAAGUGGGUUGAGAUUACGCUCCCUGCUACAGGUGUCAAGACUGUCGCUAGGGUCCUCGACGUCUGCGGGGACCCGUCUGCUCCAGGCGACACCUUCGGAUGCGACGACCUGCGCAUGACUCUCUCGACCUUCUCCGCCCUAGCGCAAGGAGACCCCGCCAUCAUCAAAGCAAACUCACUCCCCACGCCCGCAAUCUGGCGCUUCGUACAGGAACCCUGCUGGGCUUGCGAGGCCGGCCUGAAGGGCAUCUCUCCCACAGGCAAGCCGGACGACUGCCAUGGACCCGACUCCUUUGGGAUCAUGCGCAAUGGUCGAAAGACGGGCAAGAGUGUGAGGAAGGGGCAUGCAGCUGCUGUGCAUUGUGCCAGUGUUGUUGAUCCAGGCCACAAGUUCGACGAGAAGCUAUUUGUUGAGGCGGAGGUUGAGAAGGUGAGCAAGGAGAAGGGGUUGGCGAUUGAAGCUGUGCACGAGAUGAUCAAACAGUUUGAUGGGCAUGGUCACUAAGGGAGCGGCAGUCAGCGCCUCUUACUCGUGCUUGAUGUGCCUUGGUGGCAACCCAUCUCAUCCUAGUCGAACUCUAUUUAUUGAGAUACAUCUCCUCUCAUCUUUCUUGACCAGAACAUAGCGAGUAUGAUUAUCGCCAUCUCUCCCUACU